AUGUCAGCAGAAGCAACACCCCCAAGAGUACUGACAAUUGCUGGCUCCGACCCGUCAGGCGGCGCGGGGAUUGAGGCCGAUAUCAAGAACACGUGUGGGGUGCGUGGGGUGCACAUUGUACCACCCGAAUUUCUGAGGAGCAGCUUGGAGGCCGUGCUGGAGGAUGUGGGCGUGGAUGUGGUCAAGACGGGAAUGCUGGCGGGAGAGGAGACGGUGAAAGUCGUGGCGGAGGUAUUGAAGAAGUAUAAGCUGGAGAGGACGGUUAUCGAUCCUGUCAUGGUCUCCACAUCUGGUUCAGAGCUCCUCCCGACCUCCGCCGUCGCAGCGUUCAUAGAGCACAUAUUCCCGCACACUUAUCUCCUGACGCCUAACAUACCUGAAGCUAAACUCCUCCUCUCAACACUCAAUUUUGCCGUGGACGCCGUUACCUCCGUCGAGACCGUUAUCGAGAUCGCAAAGGCGUUGCAAGCCCUCGGGCCUAAGAACAUCCUGUUGAAGGGUGGCCAUAUACCUUUUCGAAAAAUUGGAACAAAGUACUAUGUUGCGGAGAAGGAAGAGGAGAAGGAGGUCGUGGUUGAUGUGUUGGUGGUAGAAGGGGGCACGGCCGUGUGUGUCGAGAGUCCAUACGUGGAUAGCAAAAAUACGCAUGGGACGGGGUGCUCGCUGGCUUCAUCAAUUGCGGCGAAUCUGGCGAGAGGGUUCACUUUGGAGGACGCUGUGAGGGCAGCGUGCAAUUACAUUUCUGCGGCAAUUAGGACCUCAUUCUCAGGAAUUGGGAAGGGACAUGGCCCAAUCAAUCACCUGCACAGCAAUUAUGUUCUGCCAUUUGCGCCAGGACAUUUUGUAGACUACCUACUCAAUCACCCCAAGGUCAAGAGCCACUGGCACGACUACACGCACCAUGACUUUGUCAACCAAUUGGGUGCAGGGACGCUGGAUAAGGAGUGCUUCAAGCACUAUUUGAUGCAGGAUUAUUUGUUCCUUAUCCAAUUCGCCCGCGCCAACGCCCUCGCUGGCUACAAGGGCACAACCAUCAGCGACCUCUCCAAAGCAGCUACCAUCAUCCACUAUGUCGAGCGCGAGAUGACCCUCCAUACCAGCUACUGCGCCAGUUUCGGCAUCACCCAGUCGCAAAUGGACUCCACCACCGAGUCGAAAUCUUGUACGGCCUACACGCGCUACGUGCUCGACAUUGGUCAGACGCAGGACUACUUUGCGUUGCAGGUCGCCAUGGCGCCAUGUCUGCUGGGUUACCGCCAUGUCGCAGUGCGCCUUGAGAAGGAGUACUCCGCCACCGCCCAGGAGAAUAUGUACUGGAAGUGGGUGCAGAGUUAUGCGGGUGAUGACUAUGGCGGUGCGUAUCGUGAGGGGAGAGAACUGCUAGAGAAGUAUGCCAUCAAACAGAGUGCCAGCAGGAUUAAAGAGUUGGUUGAGGUGUUUUCGAAAGCCACCAAGCUGGAGGAGGGGUUCUGGACUAUGGGGUUGGAGAGGAUGUAG